AUGGAGAACGAUCGCGGCGAAAUUGUCGACCUUUACGUCCCCCGCAAGUGCUCUGCGACGGGCCGCAUCAUCAAGUCCAAGGACCACGGUUCUUGCCAGAUCACCAUCGCCAAGGUCGACGAGAACGGCCGUGCCAUCCAGGGCGAGAACAUCAUCUACGCCCUCUCCGGCUUCGUUCGCGCCAUGGGCGAGUCUGACGACUCCCUCAACCGCCUUGCCCAGCGCGAUGGUCUCCUCAAGGCCGUCUGGAACCCCCAGCGCUAA